AUGAAGAUCCUGAUCUUGAUCUUGGUUUGUCUACACCUCUCAGAGGGUGUGGAAAGAAUCAUUCUGAGGAGAGGCAAGUCUAUUCGCCAGGCAAUGGAAGAGCAGGGUGUCCUGGAGACAUUCCUAAACAGCUAUCCAAGGGUCGAUCCAGCUACCAAGUACCAUUUCAAUAAUGAUGCCGUUGCUUACGAGCCUAUCACCAACUACAUGGAUUCUUUCUACUUUGGGGAGAUCAGCAUUGGAACACCACCCCAGAAUUUCCUGGUGCUCUUUGACACAGGUUCCUCCGACCUGUGGGUGCCCUCUACCUACUGCCAGAGUCAGGCCUGCUCCAAUCACAACAGGUUCAACCCCAGCCUGUCCUCCACCUUCAGAAACAAUGGGCAAACCUAUACACUAUCUUAUGGGAGUGGCAGCCUGAGUGUGGUCCUGGGAUAUGACACGGUGACUGUUCAGAACAUUGUCAUCAAUAACCAGGAGUUUGGUCUGAGUGAGAAUGAGCCCAGCAACCCCUUCUACUAUUCAGACUUUGACGGGAUCCUGGGAAUGGCCUACCCAGACAUGGCAGUCGGGAAUGCCCCAACAGUCAUGCAGGGAAUGCUGCAGCAAGGCCAGCUCACUCAACCCAUCUUUAGCUUCUACUUCUCUCGCCAACCAACCCGUCAGUAUGGUGGAGAGCUUAUCCUGGGAGGUGUGGACACCCAGCUUUAUUCUGGUCAGAUCGUUUGGACCCCUGUCACUCGGGAACUGUACUGGCAGAUUGCCAUCCAGGAAUUCAUUAUUGGAAACCAAGCCACUGGCUUUUGCUCCCCGGGCGGGCAGGCUAUCGGCUGCCAGGCUAUCGUGGACACCGGGACCUUCCUAUUGGCUAUUCCCCAGCAGUUCAUGGGCUCUUUCCUGCAGGCAACAGGAGCCCAGCAGGCGCAGAAUGGUGAUUUUGUGGUCGACUGCAACUACGUACAGAGCAUGCCCACCAUCACCUUCAUCAUUAGCGGGUCCCAGUUCCCUCUGCCUCCUUCUGCCUAUGUCUUCAACAACAAUGGCUACUGCAGGCUUGGGAUUGAAGCCACUUAUCUACCCUCUCCCAACGGGCAGCCCCUGUGGAUUCUGGGAGAUGUCUUCCUCAAGGAAUAUUACUCUGUCUAUGACAUGGCCAACAACAGGGUGGGCUUUGCCUUCUCUGCCUAG